GUGGUACAACAGGCGAACAAGACUCCCAUUUGCAGUUUGAGUUGAGGAGCUACCUGAAGCCGGAACUUCAAAGCGGACGGUGUGUGGGAGAAGCCGGGCGCUUUAUUGGCAUCCCAGCGGGUGAUGCCAUCAUCAUGCCAGGAGAGGAGAGCCCCCCUGCAUCCGCGCCCAUCACCCAGGAGACCAGCGCUAUAACACCCGUGCCCAUCACUUGGGAGACCAGCGCCAUAACACCCAUACCCAUCACCCGGGAGACCGGCAGCCCAGGGUCCAGAGACCGGGAGGGGGCACUGCCAUCCUCGUCCUCCUCUCCUCCUCCGCUCCACCUUGGAUGGCUGGACCAGUACCUGGAGCCCACCAGGGGACUCAGCCAGACAGAUAGCCCAAAGGAAUGGCCCUGGCCUGGGCCCCUCUGCCAGGAUGGGUCCCUCUCUCUGGAGGGCCAGCUGGAGCGGCGCUGGCUGCAGUGGUACGAGUUUAUGACUGAUCGCUCUCACCUGGAGAACUGGCUCCAGCGGGCCGAGCAGAUGGCCGCCGCCCCCAACACCUGUCACGUCCCGCACGCCGUCGCCAAGGAGGAGCUCACCAAGUUCCAGGCGCUGCAGGCGGAGUGUCAGAGUCGCGUGGCCCAGCUGGACUCGGUGACCCUGCGGAGUCGCUCCCUGCUGCGCCUCUUUGACGGAGCCAUGCGGGCACGGCUGGUUGCCAUGGCGAAGGACUGCAGCCAGCGCUGGGACCGCCUCACCGAGGCUGUCGAGUGCAUCUGCCGUCGGCUACGGCACUGUGUGGGCCAGAGGGAGGCGUUUGAGCUGCAGCGGGAGGACAUGGCCGUGUGGCUGGCAGACAUGGACCUGCGCCUCACCGAGGUGGAGCACUGCUCCACCCACAGCACCGUCACCAAGAUGCACCAGCUCCAGAGCUUCCAGGAGGCGGUGGCGGAGAACGCGUGUCGUCUAAGUGGGCUCCUGGAGCUGGGGGAGGCUCUGAUCCAGCGCAGCGAGCCGUGCGACGCCCAGACCAUCGAGACCCAGCUGCAGGAGCUGCUCCUCUACUGCGCACACGUCUUCGAGGGAGUGGGUCGCCUACACACACGCCUGCUCAGCAUGAGACUGGUGUUUGAGGAGGACUGGGCUUUGGCUUCACAUGUGGACUCCGGGUGCCCGUCAGAAACGCCCCCUGAUGACGAGGAGUCCUGUGAUUGGUCGAGCCUCUCCAAGCCCAAGGCCGGCCCCGCCCCCUCCUCUCCGGACCACCUCCUGCUGGAGUGGGACCCUUCCGUGGACAUUGGCCGCUCCGUAUCCCACGACGACGCGGACUCAUGUUACUUCAGCGCCAUCACAGGUGGGGUUCUGGUGGAGGAGCUUCUGGGCCGAGUGACCGCCAGCAGGAAGAAAUCUGGCCUGAGCUCCAACGACUCUUACCGGCAUACAGCACACAAGGAGACUUCUCAUACUGACUCCAGCUACUUCCUCUUCACACAGGUGUGUGUGAGCAGAGGUGAAAGCACCACGCCAGUCCCACGAGCACCUGCGGCCACACCCUCAGGCCUCAGUGACUGCAGCGUUGGCAGCGUUGGCAGCGAUGGCGGCAGCGUCCACGAGCGGCUCGCCCUGCGGUACACCUCCACCCCCGCCGCGCCCGCACGCGCCCCGGAGCCAGUGACCUUUGACCCCGAGCGCAUCAGCGCAUGGCUGGGUCAGACGGGGUGCCACGUUGCCAAGGCGCCCGAGAGAGGGCCGUCCUCCAAGUCAGUCCAGACGGAGGACACUAUGGAGCGUCUGGAGGAAGGCCCCUUCUGCCCCAGCUAUCAGGAGGAGGAAGAGGAGGAGGAGGAGGAGGAAGAAGAAGAGGAGGAGGAGGAGAGGCCCCUUCUGAAACCCUGUGCCUCCUGGUGGCCGGAGGUCUCCACUGCGCGGCUGCGGAAGGUUCCCUGGAUCCUGUUGGUGCUGCUCGGCCUCCUGCUAGCCAUCCUGCUGGGGCUCGGAGUGGCCGCCUUGUACCCCGAGGUGGCAUGUCACCGUGCCAACGGACAGACGCGCUCCUUCCAACUGGCACUGCACUACGUCAACGGACCCCCACCCACCUGAGGGGAGAGGGCACCACUCACACACACACACACACGUGGUGAUGGUGAUGGUCGUGGGGGUGGUGGUGGUUGUGGGGAUGGUGUGUGUUUGUGUGGUAUGGUAUGUGUUAGGGCAUAUAAAGUAUCAAGGAUGCCAAUCUCUUGACACACACACACUGCUAAAUACCAUUUUAUCAUUAUGUGUGUGUGGUCAAACAACCACUAGAUCAAGAACAAAUGUAGACCUGUGUCCUUCAACAUACCUGGGCUAAUGGGAACCAUUGUAGGAAUUAACACUCUACUCUACACCCAAAGUGUGUGUGUGUGUGUGUGUGUGUGUGUGUGUGUGUGUGUGUGUGUGUGCAUAUACACACAUGUAAAAGGGUCUGGGAGAGUAACAACAAUCAGCAGAUCAGAUGUAGCCGUGCCUUUUCAAACCAAUAACAUUUAGGCCCCAUCUGAGCCAAAUCCUCUCCACAACCAGCAGCUAUGUAGAUGGUGCUUUCCCCCUCUCUUUUGUAGAAGAACCACUAAGCUAAGGUAGCACUUAAAUAUCGGAUCUGUGCAUGUUCAAUAUGUAUGACCGUAGAUAAGCUGAUUAGGUAGCGGAAAUUGUAUAGCGGAGACUGAAUGAAUGUAAUGCGCUGUAGCUGUGAGCCGCAGGGUAGAAAAGUCGCCGGCGCCAUUUCAUUUCCAAAGGGAACCUUCAGGUGCAACCGUAGUGCUGGGUACCAUCCUUCUAAAACAUGUGUCAAUAGACGUCAAUAAAUAAAUGUCAAUAAAUAAAUGUCAAUAAAUCAUUGGAUAUGGUAGUCCAGUGGGAAGAGUGAUCAGAUAUAUUGUGCCUUUCACAUAAUGCCUUUAGAUGAGAUUUGCAGUUUGACAGUGUACACUGAAAAAGAAGCAUGUUCCCUUCUAUGCAGGGUGUGUAUAUAGACAGGCUUGGUCAUUUCAGAAAUGUGUCUGUAUGAAUUAUUUUGUGUGUGUGUGUGUGUGUGCGUAUGUGUGUGCAUGUGUGUGUGCACGCAUCUGUGUAUUAUUGCUGUAAUAUUUUUGUUUGUUUGGUUUUGUUGGUCCACAGCCUGGGGCUUGUAAGACUCAGUCUGCCCUCACGUAACACCAAAGAUUUCUGCCUAAAGCCAAUGGUAACCACUUCAUAAAUAACGCUGUUCUGCACUUCUAAAGUGUGUGCAAGUGUCUGUGUGUGUGCGUGUGUGUGUGUUUGUGUGUGUGGUUUCGGGAAUACAUGUUCAACGCUUCAAAUCAGUAGUUUGACUGUAGCAAUGCUUUUUGAAACAAAACAUUUAUCCUAGAAAUGAUUGUUUUAUGAUCAUCAGACUGUACAUUUAUUUGUUUUCAUAUCACA